AUGUACCCCGUCUCCUCGACCCGCUUCAUCGACUUACCAUGGGACUUUGCUCAGGGCUGGAACUACGUUAGACCCCUGGAGCUUACUGUUGCUGGUCUCACAAACAACUACUGCCAGGUCGAUGGCUAUGAAGAGGAGUUCUGGACUUCGGUGCUGAAGCCCGGCGCCAUCGUCGUCUUCAUGAUCAUCGCUCUGAUCUUGGUGGCGGCGGAGGCCUUGAACGAGGCAAGUACAGUGGGUAUUGGGGAGCGCGAACCUGGUACAGACCUGGUGCAUUUCGCUACGGCUUCCGGGGCUUCUGCUCUGUGUUCAUCGCCGCUGCCUUCUCGUUUAGCGGAACCGGACUGGUCGGACUCGCGGCCACCGAGUCCAGAAUCCAUCCAAGUCUCUACCGGACACUAUUUUUACGUUCUCGGCCUCACCUUCGUCGGCCUCUUCAUCCGCUCAUACGGCAAGCGACUCCUCGGCGCCGACACCCUAAUCGACGCCAACGUCUCGCCUUUCGUCCUCAUCGCCCUCAACACAGGCCUAUGGAGCGCAUGGAAGUACCGCGGGUGCACACCCAGAUUGGUGUUGAUUCUGGCCGGCACCAGGUCGACUGGGAUGUUAUCCGAGCUGAGAGGGAACGACUGGCGGCUAUGCCGGCCUGGACUCGGGUGCUGCAUAUGCCCUUCUAGCUCGAGGGAAAUAUCUGGGCCCCUUUGUGUGCCUCCGAUCGACUAUUUGUGGCGGGACCGCAGUAAAGUUGGUGAUGCAUUGCUGUUUAGGGUAUCCUAA